UACAAAUACUUAUGUGCGGCAGCGCAAUACAAAUACUUAUGUGCAGCAGCGCAAUACAAAUACUUAUGUGCAGCAGCGCAAUACAUAUACAGUCUUUAAAAAUCUCUCCCAGUGGGAAUGCACCUACAAUGGGAAUCUCACACCCCUCCAUGAUUUCUAAGUGGGAGAACUUGCAAAAUCGCAGGGUGUUCAAAUAUUUAUGUUCCUCACUGUAUAUUAUUUUUCUCAGAACGUUCUAAGCAUUCAAAAUAGGCUAGAAUUUUUGUGAAGUUUAAUAGCAGGUUUACCCCCAUGGAGCCUAAAAUAUUUGGAAAGUGCACGUUCUGACAAAUCCAAAAUGGGUAAAUCAUUUAUCCAGUCUUUUCUAUAUUAAAUUCUGUAAGUGUCUGUGUGAGUGAGAACUGUAAGGGUUAAACACCCCCAAACUGCCCAAAAAGUACAUGGGUGUGUGAGUGAGUCUGUAUAAAGUGUCAAUUUUUCUUCUUUUCCACUUUAAUUAAACAUUGUUUGCCAGAUGCUUCUACUUUUUUCAGAUGAACCAUAAAUGUCUCUGUCGUUCCCUUUAGCAGCCUGUGAGUAUAAAGAUGGGAUCGAUGUUACAGCACAUACGGAAGCAACUUUAUGUUGUAAUAAUGAUGGGAAUCUCACAAACCCCGAUGUUUCUCCAGCGGAACAGCCCCCACCGGCCAAUGGGAUUAAAGAGGAAGCGGUUUCAUGUGAAAGGAGAAACCAAUCAGAUUGCAGCAUUAAUCCCGUUACAGACCAGAUACAGGGAACAGACACACCUACUCCUAUGAUGGGGCGGAGCCUGAAUAACAGCUCGUUCACUAAUGUUGCAUCAGAUAUAAUUAAGGAGGAAUUGGUUUUAUGGGAAACAGAACAUAAUUACAGCAAUAUAAGUACAAUUACGGGACAGAAACUGGGAGCUACUGGGAAGGAUUAUAUAUCAGUUGUUGUUAAAGAGGAACCGGCCUCAUCUGAAGAAGAUAAUAAUUUUGCAGACCAAAUACAAUUAAUGGAUAAUUCAACUGUCAUGGGGCGGAGCCUGGAUAACAGCACAACUGAGCACAUACAGGGAACAGACACACCUACUCCUAUCAUGGGGUGCAGCCUUAUAAAAUCAAAUAGCAAUAAAUACGAUGAAAAUGCAGAUACAUCCCCCGAUAAAUCCGGCAUAGCAACAAAUACUUUGUGUAACAAAUACAGCUGCAAUGAGUGCCAUAAGCAUUUUACUGAUAGGAGAAAAUUUGAUAAACAUCAAGGAAUGCACAAAAAAGAGAAACCUUUUUUGUGUUCUGAGUGUGGGAAAAGUUUUUCAUAUCAAUCUGGACUUAAAGAUCAUCACAGAACCCACACAGGGGAGAGACCUUUUUCUUGUUCUGAAUGUGGGAAAUGUUUUUCGCAUCGAUCCCACCUUAAUAGUCAUCACAGAACCCACACAGGGGAGAAACCAUUUUCUUGUUCUGACUGUGGGAAAUGUUUUUCGCAUCGAUCCCACCUUAAUAGUCAUCACAGAACCCACACAGGGGAGAAACCAUUUUCUUGUUCUGACUGUGGGAAGUGUUAUGCUACUUCAUCAGGGCUUACUACCCAUCGACAAAGAACCCACACAGGGGAGAAACCAUUUUCUUGUUCUGACUGUGGGAAGUGUUACGCUACUUCAUCAGGGCUUACUACCCAUCGACAAAGAACCCACACAGGGGAGAAACCAUUUUCUUGUUCUGAGUGUGGGAAAUGUUUUACAUAUCAAUCUGGCCUUAAAGGACAUUACAGAACCCACACAGGGGGGAAACCUUAUUCUUGUUCUGAAUGUGGGAAAUGUUUUUUAUAUCAAUCUCACCUUAAGAAUCAUCACAGAACUCACACAAGGGAGAAACCAGUUUAUUGUUUUGAAUUUUUUGCCACUUCAUCACAACGUACUGUCCAUGAACGAAUCCACACAGGGGAGAAACAGUUUCCUUGUUCCUAAUGUGGGAAAUAUGGGCUCUUCAUCAGAACAUAUUUCCCAUCAACGACAAUUCCACACCGAGAAACCUUUGUCUUGUUCAGAAUGUGGGAAAUGUUUUUCAGGCCCAUGUAUUCUUAAAGGAGAAGGAAAGUCACAACCUAUUAAGCACACU